GUCACUUUGGCUUUAUCUCCUGUGGAACAACGGCUAAUGUUCUGUAACUAGGAGCCUUGAAUCUGUUUGUUUUCUUUUGUCUAUAAUUUCAUUUUCCUUUCAGAUUGAACAUGGGACGAAUUUUACAGGAACACUUUUGGCCUCUGAGAGAUUUUUUCUGAUUAGCAGGAAUUAGUGGAUGGACAUUUUAAGCCACUUCCACUUCUCACUGUGGAACUGCAAUAAUGAACCAACCGAGGAGACACUUAAAAAAGCUGAAAAAGAGGCGUUCAAGCCUUUUCGCCAGUCUGAAACUCAACGAUAGCUUAUCACAGAGCAUAGAUGAAAAGGACAGUGCGUUUCCUUUCUCACAGGACAGCUUGGUUAAACCAUGGACAUCAAUGGACAACCUGGACAGUCCAGCUCCCAAAGCAGAUAACUCCAAAAGUAAAAGUAAAGAGAAGAAAGGUAACGACAAAGAAACAAAGAGGGUUCCACACAGACACUCCAGUAUGAUAAACCUGAACGUAGGUGGAAAAGUCUUCAAUCUUCCCAAACAUCUGGCUAUCAAAUAUCCCAAAUCCAGAAUAGGCUCUUUAGCCCUCUGCACAGAUCCCGUCAAGCAGCUGACGCUCUGCGACGAUUACUGCGUCAUCACUAACGAGUUUUUCUUCGAUCGAGAUCCUACAUUCUUCCACUAUAUCUUCCACUUUUAUUACAGCAAUGUACUCUGGGUCAUGGAGAGCCUGUGCCCCAUCAACUUUGAGGAGGAGAUGAAGUUUUGGGGUUUACACUUGCGGGACACGCCUCGCUGCUGCCGAAUUCUCUACGAGGAAAAGGCCGACGAAAUUCGAGACCAGCUGAAGGUCAACAGGGAACUCAUGGCUGAAAUUGAGCCCAAUCACAACGAAGAGGGCUUCCAGACCAUGUUUUUGGGCGGAUUUCGGAAAGCCCUGUGGGAUCUGAUGGAAAACCCGUAUUCCUCAGUGGCUGCCAAAGCUUUUGCUGUUUUCUCCAGCCUCUUUGUCCUCAUCUCCAUUGUGGCCAUGACUCUGAACACGGUAGGUGAACUGAAAAAAUAUAAAAUGUACGGAAGGACGUACAUGGAGUACAUUGAGAUCGUCUCCAUACUCUUCUUCACUUUUGAAUAUUUCCUUCGUCUGCUGACCACCUGUGAUGUAAAGCAUUUCCUGAAAAGCGCGCUGAACUUCGUGGACUUGGUGGCGGUCAUGCCUUAUUUCAUACAGCUGAUGUUUGAGACUUUCGCCGACCAGGAAGACAUCAAUGUUCAGGAUGACCUUAAGGCCAUGGCGAGGGUGAGCAAGGUCAGCAAAGUGCUAAAAGUGGUCAAACUGAUGAGAAUUUUUCGCAUUCUUAAAUUAGCGAGACACUCCACGGGCAUGCGAGCGUUCGGCUUCACGCUGCGUCAGUGCUUCGAGCAGGUCUGCUGUUUAUUCCUCUUCAUCAUCAUGGGCAUCUUCACCUUCUCCGCUCUGAUGUUCUCCGUUGAGCAGGACGUGGAGGGAUCGCCAUUCAGCAGCAUUCCUGACGCCUGGUGGUGGGCUGCAGUGAGCAUCUCCACUGUGGGCUAUGGAGACGUGGUGCCCAUCUCGUAUUCCGGGCGAGUGGUGGCGUUCGGCUGCAUUUCGUUUGGAAUUAUUCUGAAUGGGAUGCCAAUCUCGAUCCUCUUCAACAAAUUCUCUGACUACUAUGCUAAGCUGAAAGCUCAGGAGUACACCAACACCAAAGUGCAGCGCAGUCUGCAGCUCAGGAAACGCCUAAGGAGAAAAUUUGAGGGAUGCUUUGAACCCCCCGACGAGGAGCCCACCGAGGAAAUUCACCAAAAUCCGCAGAAUCAUCGCUGAACGUCCAGGCUGAGGAUAAAAUGCCUGAAAUGAAUACAUGAACAAGUUACUGAAAGAGUGCUUUGAUCAGUCCAGCUCAGUAUGAUUUAGGUAGAAUGGCCACAGACAGACAGUUGAACUUUAUCAUGAGACUCUUUUCACUCACAGCCGUUUAACGAGGAUCCUGUGAGCCGUUAACGGAGCACUGAACGUGCAGAUAAAGGAUAAAGGAAGUUAAGCAAUCAGCUUUAAGUCAGCUUUCAAAUAGCGCAGAUUAGUAGGGCGGCUAACUGUCCUGACGCUUCUGUUUAUAGCUGUGAGGAGUCACUCGAGAUCAACUGCUGUAAAACAUUCAGGAAAUUCUGAAAAACAUCAAAUAAAAACCUUCAUUGUCA